UAUGGCUGGCAAUCAAGCUCCAAGCUAUUUUGUGUGGGAAGUCCUUUUUACAAUGUGCAUCAUGGCGUUGGGACUCUUGCUUCUAGCACUUCUCAUCGGAAACAUACAGGGCUUUUUUCAGUCUCUUGGCAUGAGGAGGCUAGAAAUGAUAUGUAGAGGCCGCGAUGUUGAGCAAUGGAUGAGAGGUCGUCGUUUACCAGAAGAUCUCAAAAGGAGAGUACGAGUGGCUGAAUGGUAUAGUUGGCAUGCAACAAUGGGUGUUCCUGAGAGUAUGGUUCUCAAGAAUUUGCCAGAAGAUCUCCAGACAGACAUAAGACGCCAUCUCUACAAAUUUGUUAAUAAAGUUCCAAUUUUGUCUCUGAUGGAUGGGGGUGAACCUUUCUUAGACGCCAUUCGUGAGAGACUAAUACAGACGACAUACAUUAAAGGAAGUAGAAUUCUCAGUCAGGGUGAUCUUGUACAGAAGAUGGUGUUUAUUAUGCGUGGAAAAUUAGAGAGCGUCGGAGAAGAUGGAAGUUCGGUUAUGUUAUCAGAAGGGGAUGCUUGUGGUGAAGAACUUCUAAGAUGGUAUCUUGAACAGUCUUCUGAAAGCAAAGAAGGUAAGCAAGUAAAGAUUCAAGAACAUGACUUAAUUAGUGACAGAACAGUAAGAUGCUUAACCAAUUUGGAGGCAUUUUCACUCGACGCUAAAGACAUUGAAGAAGUCACAACUCGUUUUUCAAGAUUCUUGCAGAGCCCUCGCGUUCAACAAGUCAUAAGGUAUGAAUCACCUUAUUGGAGAUUCCUUGCAGCAAAAAGAAUUCAGGAUGCAUGGAGAAACAUGAAGAAGUGUCUAAGUCAAGCUAAUACCACACAAAAUGAUUAUCAAACAUUAAGAGCCGAGCCUCCAAAUUCUUAGGACGACCCUGAUGAUUGUGUUAUGUUAGGCAUGAAUCGCCUUAUGGGAAAUCACAUAGACCAAACAGAAUUCAGAUAGCAUGGAGAAACAGGAAGAAGAGUCUAAGACGAGCUAAUGCCACACAGUGAUUAUCAAACAUUGAACUCAGACUGUACUCUAAUGUUUGAUUCACUGUACUUUUCCAUGAACUCUAUUGUUUGUAAUUUCUAGUCCUCGAAAUAGAAUAGUGGUAUGUUUAUAGGGAGUUAUAAAGUACACUACUAGAAAGUCCUUAUUUUUCUAUGGAUUUUUCCAAAGAUUUAGGCGUUUAGGUAAUACCUUUGUCAGAUAUUGUUUCCAAACUUUGAAAUCCUCAGGUAAUUUUCUGCUGAAAUUAUCCGCAGAAAAAGUGAAAAUAUCCCGCAAAAAUUUAGUUGUUGAUUGUAGU